AUGGUUUUUCUGAAUACAUUAUUACAUCUGUUAACGUUCAGUCUAUGUUUAUUUAGGCCCAUUGAAAUGCAAGAUUUAUUGUCUUUCCCAACUAAUUAUCUUUCUUAUCAGCAUAGUGAAAUUUGUAAUAACAAUGAGACCCUCUGUACAACAGAAAUAUUAGGACUAGGAACUAAUGAGUCAGAUGUAAACUCUACACUAACUAUAGUUUCAAAAAACUUUGAAGACGAUGAUCAUAAUCUGACUCUGAAUAAUGUUACACAAGUGGAAAAUCAUACCCUUCCAGUUACUUUAGAGAACACACUUUUGGUAUCAGAACCAUCAAGUAGCAAGUCAACAGAAAGUUCAUAUGUGGCUGUCACUACAAGUGUAUUGCCAGUGAGUGAAAAACCACGAUGGAUUCCCGAGGAAAAUUGUGCCUGUGAUUUAGAGUUAAAUUCAUGUGACAUAAACUGCUGUUGUGAUGCUGACUGUUCAGAGGAGGACCGAUUAGUUUUCCUCAGAUGUGAAGAAAAACCUUCAUUGUCUCCAGAUCCUCAAUAUUGCUACAGAACACAGUUUAUAUAUAAAAACAACACAAAAUAUAAAUUAACUACUACUAGUAAUGGCCUGUUUUGCAUUGUGAAAGAAAACCUUCCAAAGGAUUUGAAAUAUAUGGAGGGAAAGGUUGUCACAAACAUAGAAGAUUUUAAAAAUGCUCUGCCUGUAAGAAACACAUACCCUUGGCCAGAGAAUUUUGCAAAUCACAGUGUCUUCAAUUUCAGUGGAAAUUACAAGGCAGCUGAUAUAAUUUGGACCUUUCACAAUUCUACAAUGCAUCCAUUAAGUUUCCCAACAAAGUUAACAAACGAAUACUGCCAAGUGACACAUUCACUUCAGUAUUUGAGGGAAUGGUCAGGCCAUUGCACUCGCAUUGUAAGCUCCUGUGAUGCUGACGAUGGCCUGAGUGCAGCCUGGUAUUAUAAACAUUUCAGCAUUCUUGCCGAUCCUCUUUCUGUCAACCAGAGCCAUCUUGACACAUUUCUUGAGUCAUGUCCCAAUAAUACCUGCCUUCAAAUAAUACCAUUCUUUUGUGAUGGUACUUCCACUGACAUGGACGAAUGUGUCGAAGGGGAUGAAAUUGAAACUCCAUCUUUGGACAAUGACAUGAUCAGAUGUACAAAUGUGGUUCAAACUGUGAAAUAUGUGGUACAUCACAAUGGUAGCGAAGGAAUUUUAAAAAUGGAAGCUUUCUUCUGGCUCAUCAACAUCACAUUAACAGAGCAAGUUUUUACCCAGGACUUUGAAAUUUUGUUCACCUGGUUUGGUAAACAGAGGAAACCAUUCCAACGCAGUGGCAGGCCAGGUUAUAUUUUUGGUAAGCCCAUUAUGGCUGGAAAGAAAGUUUUUCAGCCAUCUGCACAGGAGCAGGAACCUGAUCGAGAAGCAAUAAUGCUAAGUGAUGAUCCACUGGGGUGGCUGACUAUUGCUAGACCUCUGCCUGAUGGUUCUUGUGGACUAGUUCAUGAAUAUGCUAGCAGAAGCAUUGUGACAUUUGGUGAAAAUCAGAGAACUUCAUGUGUCAUGUAUCUCCAUCUAUCUGACUUCAGUAAUAUGACAUCGUGUACCUCAAUACAGAGGAAGGUAUUUCAUAUAAUGCUUGGCAACAAUGCUGAAAAUAUAACUGAACUUCAAUUAUUCAAUUUUUAUGUGGCUACAUUUGGAGAUUCCAGUGUGGAGGAUACAGGUGACUGGGUGCCCAUAUUAUUUGAAAAUAUUCCUCAGUAUGAAAGUUCUCUGGAUAGAAAUGGUAAUGUUUUUAAAUGUAGAAAUAUUAUCACUACAUUUCAUACUUCUAUUUUGUAUUCAUAUACUGGAUCUGUUCUUAAUCCUCAGGCAAAAAUAGUUGGCACAUCCUUCAGAUUUGGCACACCACAUGAUCUUAUUUAUAGAUGCUUGCACCCAGGUUGUGAACAGAUUCAACAACUGUCAAGAAAACAAAUUCAGAUAGUCAGUUCUGUUUCAUUUUAUGAUGUAUCUUCUGAACCAGAAUUGUAUUUUUCAAAGCCCCCAGUCUAUGAAGUGAAACUUCCAUUUGAUUUCUUUUAUCCUUUUUUAUCAAACAGGCAAUCAACAAAUGUUGUUAACUACACAAAAAUACUAUCUAUUUACUUCUUUUUGUUUAUAACACAUACAUUUGCAUAUAAUAUACUAUUUGAAGUGAAUUAA